CUCUCCACUCCUCAGCCCUACUCCAGACCAGACACCCACCAUGACCGGCUCCUGCUGUGGCUCCUUCUCCUCCCAGAGCUGUGGAGGCUGCUGCCAGCCCUGCUGCUGCCGCGACCCCUGCUGCUGCCGCCCAGUAUCCUGCCAGACCACAGUGUGCCGCCCUGUGACCUGCGUGCCCCACUUCACCAGGCCCAUCUGUGAGCCCUGCCCCCGCCCCAUCUGCUGUGACCCCUGCAGCCUGCAGCAGGGCUGCUGCCGCCCCAUCACCUGCUGCCCCACCUCUUGCACAGCUGUGGUCUGCAGACCCUGCUGCUGGGCCUCCACCUGCUGCCAGCCCAUCUCUGUGCAGGCUCCCUGCUGCAGGCCCCCCUGCUGCCAGCCUGCCCCCUGCCGCACCACCUGCAGGACCUCCCCCUGCAACACCUGCUGGUGAGCAGUGAGCUGAGCACCUGGGGCAAACAGCCACCCUGUGGAAAAUAGUCAUGCUCCUAUUUCUCUCUCUAACCUCCUGCCCUGAGGCACCGAUGCCCUAAAUAGACCAGCUCGUGAAUGGAGGCCUGGAGCCUUCUAUUAAGACUCGUGCAACUCUUUGUAACAAUCUUUGUCCUUCUUUCCUUCUUGGGUCUAAAGUCUUUGAACAUGUUUAUUAUUUUAAUAAAUUUCUCUUCUUUGGUUUCA